UUGGGUAGCUUAUAGACCCGGCGUGGAAGACGUGUGAGUGAAACAAGAGUCGAGGAGAAACGUGGAUAAAGGAGAAGGAAGGAGAGAGAGAGAAGAACGCGGAAAGAUGCUGGACAUUGUCUUAUUCCGGGAAGACCAGGGCGGCAAUCCCAACCUCGUAAGGGAGUCCCAAAGAAGGCGUUAUAAGGAUGUGAAGGUCGUCGAUACUGUCAUUGAAUUGGACACGAAAUGGAGAGCGGCUCGACACAAGGGGGAUAUCCUAAACAGGAUGGUGAACGUCAUUUCAAAAACUGUUGGAGAAAAGAAGAAGGCUGCCCGGGGAAAAGAGGCACAGGAGCCGGCCGAACCAGAGCCCCUGCCACCAGAUGUAGAUGCACUGGAGCAGCACCUGACAGAAUACAGCUACGUGCUGGGCCACCAACCCUGCCAGACUGAUGCUAAGGUCUUGGCACGUCUUCCUGGGCCCCCUGAUACCAACACACACCCUGCCGUCUCGCGUUGGGUUGCGCACAUGCGCUCGUUCACCCCUCAGGAACUUAAGGAUUUGCCCGACUCUCAAGGGCUACAGUUCAGAGCGCCACUGGCAAAGGAAGCUGAAGGAACGGAGACAAACGUGCCAGAUGAGAUCAAGACAAAGUUGACAGAGCUCACUAUCGACCUCUUACGACCGCUCACGGUGUCCCAGCUGAAGGAGGUCAGGAAACUGGUUGACGAAGCCAUGGCCCAGAACAACGAGGAGCUUGUCAAAACGGAGAACGAGAGAGACUCCAUCCUGAAGGAGAUUGGAAAUCUCGUUCCAGACGACGUGCCCGUCAGUGACAAUGAGGAUAACAAUGCUAUUGUGAGAACAUUUGGCGAAGAGACCAAAAAGAAGUAUUCACAUGUCGACCUGAUAUCCAUGAUUGGAGGUGUCGAUAGCAAGCGUGGAGCUGUGACCUCAGGUGCCCGCGGCUACUACCUCAUGGGCCCAGCCGUAUUCCUUGAGCGUGCAGUUGUGGAGCUGGCCAUGAGCUUCCUCAACAAGAAGAACUACACUCCCUUGGUGACGCCUUUCUUCAUGCGCAAGGAGGUCAUGCAAGAGGUUGCGCAACUCUCGCAGUUCGACGAGGAGCUCUACAAGGUCCUAGGGAAGGGUGAUGUUCCUGGAUCAGAUCUUGUGGAUGAGAAAUACCUCAUUGCCACAUCAGAGCAGCCUAUUGCAGCUUUCCACCGUGAUGAGUGGAUCCCUGUUGAUCAGCUGCCUAUCAAGUACGCAGGUCUGUCUUACUGUUUCCGUCAAGAGGUCGGCUCGCACGGGAGAGACACCAGAGGCAUCUUCAGGGUGCACCAGUUCCAGAAGGUGGAGCAGUUCUGCCUGACGUCACCCCACGAUGGAGCGUCGUGGGCCAUGAUGGAGGAGAUGAUCAGCAAUGCAGAGGACUUCUGCAAGGCCCUGGGGCUUCCCUACCGCGUGGUCAACAUUGUGUCCGGUGAACUCAAUAACGCGGCCGCCAAGAAGCUUGACUUGGAGGCGUACUUCCCUGGAUCAGCUGCCUACAGGGAGCUGGUGUCUUGCUCAAAUUGCCUCGACUACCAGUCAAGGAGACUAAAGGUCCGCUAUGGAGCAACCAAGAAGAUGAACACUGCGGUCGAGUACGUGCACAUGCUGAACGCCACCAUGUGUGCAACCACGAGAGUGAUUUGUGCCUUGUUAGAGAACUACCAGACUGAGGAUGGCAUUGUCGUCCCAGAUGCCAUUAGGCAGUAUAUGCCAGAAGCCUACAAAGAAUUCAUUCCCUUCAAGUAUCCAGCACCAAUU